AUGCUGAAACUACGCCAAUUGCAGAAACAGAAGCAGGAACAACUGGCGGCUUCAAGCAAACCCACUACCGCGAGCAGUCCGCCCCAAAUUAGUAGCGCAUCUCAGCUUAGAUUGCGCAACGAUUUAGCGUCUCUGGACCUACCGCCAUGUGUGAAAAUUGACGCGGCUGCGCUGGAAACGGAUCAACUACUACACAUACAUAUAAAUCCGGACGAGGGCUACUACAAGUCCGGCACUUUCGACUUUGAAGCCAAAUUCAAAGACACGUAUCCCAUAGACCCACCCAAAGUGACGCUGACUUCGACCAUUUUCCAUCCCAACAUCGAUACCCAGGGCAACGUAUGCCUGAAUAUUUUGCGAGAAGACUGGUCACCGGUGCUCGAUGUCCACAGUAUCAUAAUCGGGCUUCUAAUGCUGCUGCUGGAACCCAACGCUACAGAUCCACUGAACAAAAAGGCAGCUGAUGUGCUUCAAUCAAGUCCGGCUUUGUAUCAAAGACAAGUGGUCUCGGCAAUGCGUGGGGAGUCGAUAGACGGGUGCAAAUACGACCGGGUGUUAAGAUAA